ACCCUCUCUCAAGUCUGAAAGCAAUCAUCUUCUUUUUCUCUGUUCUUCUCUUCCUCAGGCGUGGACUUCUUCAUUAUUCAUUAUUCAUUAUUCAUUAUUCUCUCUCUGCCAUUGAUUGCCCAUCAAAAACCUUCAACUUCUCCUUUUGUUUCCUUCUCGUUUCUGUCUGACUCAUUUUUAGUUCCAAAUUCUCUUUAUUUCCAUUUCCCUUUUUUCAUAAUUCAAAAACAAAAACCCACUUCUCUCAUUCUCCUCCAUGGAUUUGUGGGCCGAUCACUCCUUUCACACCACAGAUAAUCCAGACCGACGUCGUUCUCGCCGCGAAAACCCCUCUUUCUCGUCCUCUCUUCUCGACGCCAUUUACCGCUCCAUCGAUGAAUCCAACGCCCAGCCUGAAGAUCACCUCAUUCUCUACACUCAAAAAACCACUCUCAGAACAAAACAGAGCAUCUCCUCCGCCGCCAGAACAGAGGACGACGAAACUCUCAAAUUCCAUCGAGCUUGUAUCAUCGACAAGUGGAUGGAUAAGAAGAAACUCAGAAACAUUCGUGAUUUUUCUCUUUCCAGCUCGAGUUCGUCGGAAUCCAGCUCCACCGCCGGCAGAAGAUUUUCCUCGUCGGAAUCGGAGUUUCUGUCACGUGCACUUCACAGACCGAAGCCGAAACCGAAGCCGAUCAAAACCACUACAUGGGCUCAAACAGAAAUUAUUAGUCCAAAACCAAAGCACGAAAAUGGGUUCGUUAAAUCCAAAUCCAAAGCUUCAAAAAUCUAUCACGAUUUGAAGAAAGUGAAACAGCCGAUUUCGCCCGGUGGUCGACUUGCGAGCUUCCUUAAUUCCCUCUUCAAUGGUGGAAGUCCAAAAACGAAGCAGAAGAUAUCAAAUUCUUCUUCGAUCAAUUCAACGAAUUUCGAUUACGACAUGUCGAGAAAAUCCAAAUCUCAACAGGUAUCAACAUCUACCUGUUCCUCUGCUUCUUCGUUUUCAAGGUCUUGUUUGAGCAAAACGCCAUCUUCAAGAGGGAACAUUAAGAGAUCGGUUCGGUUUUGUCCAGUGAGUGUGAUAGUGGACGAGGAUUGUCAGCCAUGUGGGCGUAAAAUUUUGCACAAAUUAGAGGAACCCAUUAUGAAGAAAGGUAAUUUGAAAAGUUACCGGAAUUUUGAAACAGAGAAAGUGAAAACAGAGCAUGAAAUGAAGAUUAAUUAUGAGCUGGAUGAAGAUGAUGAUGAUGAUGAUGCUUUGAGUUGUUCCAGUUCUGAUCUGUUUGAAUUGGAUAAUCUUUCAGUUAUUGGAAUUGAAAGAUACAGAGAAGAAUUGCCAGUGUAUGAAACUACCCAUUUCAAUACUAAUUGUGCCAUUGCCAAUGGUUUGGUUUUGUAAUUUUCCCAGCAAAAUUAUGUCAACAAAAUCUGGGAAAAAAAGUUCUAUCAGCUUUUCUUUUUUUUUUUUUUUUUUAAGGAAUUUUGGGGGCUUACAUAAGAGAAUAAUUAGGUUCUCUUCUAUUUUUGGGUUUUUUUUUAAUUUUUUAAUUAUAUGUUAAAAAUUAAAAAUUGUGGUACUUAUUAGUGUCAGAGUGAGAAUUUGAAUUUUUGACUAUCUCCUUAAGCAUAUAAUACCUUAAUUAAUUGAUUUGUUUUA